GGUGCUCAACAGAUUGCUUCCUCCUAUCCUCAGACGGUCUUUGCAUGCAUGCAGCCAUUGGCACUCCCAUUGUAUGGAAGGAAACCAGCCCAGGGUCACACAGCUGGUCAGCAGCAACAUAGCUGGUCUCAAAUCUAAGGUGCCUGGCCAUGCCUCCAUGAGGGACCGCCUGCAAGGGAGGUUGAUCCUGGCUUUGGGGAGCCUUUCCUGGGCUGCACGAAUAACCUCCAUUGUUCGAGACCCCAAACUCUGCUCACAUCUUCCUUUCCCUGUCUCUGCUUGGGCUAUGAUCACGGUGACUCUAGCAGCCCUUCAUGGACAUUAUACUACUCUCUGCCAUUCACUUUUGGUCUAAUCUGACUUCAACCCCCACUUACUUGGUCUCUCCUUUUACAACCAAAACAACCGAAAUCUAGGGCUUCUUCUUUUUUUCUUUUUGAGACAGAAUCUCAUUGCAUUCUGUCACCCAGGCUGGAGUGCAAUGGUACGAUCUCGGCUCACUGCAACCUCCGCCUCCCGGGUCCAAGGGAUUGUCCUGCCUCAGCCUCCUGAGUAGCUGGGAUUACAGGCGUGUGCCACCAUGCCUGGCUAAUUUUUGUAUUUUUAGUAGAGACGGGGUUUCACCAUGUUGGUCAGGCUGGUCUCGAACUCCUAACCUCGUGAUCCGCCUGCCUCAGCCUCCCAAAGUGCUGGGAUUACAGGUGUGAGCCACCAUGCCCAGCCAAAUCUAGGGCCGGAACAUGGCUGCAGCAUAUAAAAAGAAUUGAAUUCCAUACUUUUGUUAACCCUGUUUUUUGUUUGUUUGUAGUUGUUGCUGUUUUUGAGACAGAGUCUCGCUCUGUCGCCUAGGCUGGAGUGCAGUGGUGCAAUCUCGGCUCACUGCAGACUCUGCCUCCCGGGUUCAAACUAUUCUCCUGCCUCAGCCUCCCAAGUAGGUGGGACUACAGGCGCCCACCACCACACCCGGCUAAUUUUUGUAUUUUAUUAGAGACAGGGUUUCACCAUAUUGGCCAGGCUGGUCUGGAACUCCUGACCUUGUGAUCCGCCCACCUCGGCCUCCCAAAGUGCUGGGAUUACAGGCGUGAGCCACCACACCCAGCCCCUGUUUUGUUUUUGUUUUGCUUGCUUCUUAGGGUUGUUUUUCUAUUUGUGGUAAAGGCAUUGGCUUUCCAUUUGUAGCAUCAAUAGAAUAUUUCCUGUUUACAAUAACCGUAUGUCAUAGUAAAUGGUAAAGGGAUUUAAAGCAGUGGUUUUCAGCUGCCAGAGGCCUGAGAGAGUUUGGGCACACUCUGUGUGAUCGGGCAGAAGGCCUGUGGGAAGUUUAGCAGAGGACAGGGCCAGGAAAGGUGAUGGACAGUGGGGGUCUGUCCUGGUCACCAGGCCCCUGGGUCCUGCCCACCUGCUUGGAGCUCCCCACCCAUCACACAUGAUGCUGCCAAGCCCUCUGGGUAUUGUGAGCAAAUACCUUAGGAGAGAAGCUGAUGAACUUUGUUUCUUGAAAUGCACAGAUUCCUUGGACAUCCCUGAGAGGUCAAUCAUGAAAGUCAACUUGGUUUUCUCCCCCUCAUUUGGGUUCAGAAUUUAAAGUCCACACACACAGGCAGUAAGAUGAUAUAGAUAAGGACAUCAUCACUCGGUUUCGGAUGUUAAAAUGUCUAGGUGGGUUAGGGGUGAUUUGAGAUCACACAACCUUGUGCCACAAAGAGGAAUUCCCAGGCCAGAGGGAGACAUUUUAUUGCCAUGUUAUGAUCUUAUCAUUGAGUUGAAAGGCAAUCUUGUUUCAUUUUGGAUUCUUUCUUAUGUUUAUGUCUUAUAAGGGCACUUUGAAUUUCCAAGCAAAUAAUAAUUUUGAAUUAGCUUUUAAUCAUUGACUUCUAGCACAGUUAUAUGAUCAGAAACAUGCUGUGUGAUUUGAUUGCUCUCAAAUAUAUUGAGAUUUGCUGGAACAAAAUAAGUCAGGUUAAUUUUUGUAAAUGUACCAUGCAUGCUUAAAAUGAAUGUAUCUACAUUUGUUCCUGAGAUACAGGUUGAUGGACGGAUGGCUACAUGGAUGUGAUGGAGAUGGUUUACUAUCGGGACCUUCCGCAUCCUGCUGAUGUUUUGUUGCUUAGGAUAUGAAUGGCUGAGCGGAGGCUGUAAAACCUGGCACCCUGCUUGGGUUAUCAAUACUCUGGCUGUCUAUCGUCAUCGUGAGACUGACUUUGGUGGAGGAGUUCGAGACCAGCCUGGCCAACAUGGCAAAACCCCAUCUCCACAAAAAUUGGAUAAUUUGAUAAUUAUCAUUAUUGGGUUUCUGAGACGUUACACAUUUGCCAUUCUCUUCUGCACAAGUUACCUUUGUGGGUCUUUCCUGAAGACUAUCUUCCGGUCUCGAAAUGGACAUGAUGGAUCCACGGAUGUACAGCAGACAGCCUGGAGGUCCAACCGCAGUAGACAGGAAGGAAUUAAAAUUGGCCUGGAAGACAUCUGUACUUUAUGGAAACAGGUGGAAACAAAAGUUCAAGCUAAAAUCCAUAAGAUGAAGGUCAUAAAGAAAGUCAACCAUCAUUACAAAUUCAAUGGAAAGAGGAAGACCGCCAAAAAACAGAAAAUGUUUCAACGUGCGCAAGAGUUGCGGCGGCGGGCAGAGGACUACCACAAACGCAAAAUCCCCCCUUCUGCAAGAAAGCCUCUUUGCAACUGGGUCAGAAUGGCGGCAGCAGAGCAUCGUCAUUCUUCAGGAUUGCCCCACUGGCCCUACCUCACAGCUGAAACUUUAAAAAACAGGAUGGGCCACCAGCCACCUCCUCCAACUCAACAACAUUCUAUAACUGAUAACUCCCUGAGCCUCAAGACACGUGCCGAGUGUCUGGUCUAUCCCCUUCCACCCUCAGCGGAUGAUAAUCUCGAAACGCCUCUCGAGUGUCUCCUCACUCCUCUUCCACCCUCACGUCUAUCCUCAGCUCCACCCUCAGCGGAUGAUGAGACACCUGCCGAGUUUCUGGUGUAUCCCCUUCCACCCUCAGCGGAGGAUAAUCUCAAAACGCCUCUCGAGUGUCUCUUCACUCCUCUUCCACCCUCACGUCCAUCCUCAGCUCCACCCUCAGCGGAUGAUGAGACACCUGCCGAGUUUGUGGUCUAUCCCCUUCCACCCUCAGCAGAUGAUAAUCUCGAAACGCCUCUCGAGUGUCUCCUCACUCCUCUUCCACCCUCACCUCCAUCCUCAGCUCCACCCUCAGCGGAUGAUGAGACACCUGCCGAGUUUGUGGUCUAUUUCCUUCCACACUCAGCGGAUGAUGAUCUCGAAACGCCUCUCGAGUGUCUCCUCACUCCUCUUCCACCCUCACGUCCAUCCUCAGCUCCACCCUCAGCGGAUGAUAAGACACCUGCUGAGUUUGUGGUCUAUCCCCUUCCACCCUCAGCGGAUGAUAAUCUCGAAACGCCUCUCGAGUGUCUCCUCGCUCCUCUUCCACCCUCACGUCUAUCCCCAGCUCCACCCUCAGCGGAUGAUAAGACACCUGCCGAGUUUCUGGUCUAUCCCCUUCCACCCUCAGCGGAUGAUAAUCUCGAAACGCCUCUCGAGUGUCUCCUCACUCCUCUUCCACCCUCACCUCCAUCCUCAGCUCCACCCUCAGCGGAUGAUGAGACACCUGCCGAGUUUGUGGUCUAUUUCCUUCCACACUCAGCGGAUGAUGAUCUCGAAACGCCUCUCGAGUGUCUCCUCACUCCUCUUCCACCCUCACGUCCAUCCUCAGCUCCACCCUCAGCGGAUGAUAAGACACCUGCCGAGUUUGUGGUCUAUCCCCUUCCACCCUCAGCGGAUGAUAAUCUCGAAACGCCUCUCGAGUGUCUCCUCGCUCCUCUUCCACCCUCACGUCUAUCCCCAGCUCCACCCUCAGCGGAUGAUAAGACACCUGCCGAGUUUCUGGUCUAUCCCCUUCCACCCUCAGCGGAUGAUAAUCUCGAAACGCCUCUCGAGUGUCUCCUCACUCCUCUUCCACCCUCACCUCCAUCCUCAGCUCCACCCUCAGCGGAUGAUAAGACACCUGCCGAGUUUCUGGUCUAUCCCCUUCCACCCUCAGCGGAUGAUAAUCUCGAAAUGCCUCUCGAGUGUCUCCUCACUCCUCUUCCACCCUCACCUCCACCCUCAGCUCCACACUCAGUGGAUGAUAAUCUCAAGACACCUCCCUUAGCUACUCAGGAGGCUGAGGCAGAAAAACCACCGAAACCCGAGAGGCGGAGCGCCGGUGAUGCGCAACCAUCACCGAAACCCGAGAGGCGGAGCGCCGCUGAUGCGCAGCCAUCACCGAAACCCGAGAGGCGGAGCGCCGCUGACACGCAGCCAUCACCGAAACCCGAGAGGCGGAGGGCCGCUGACCUGGAAUCAUCACCGAAACCCGAGAGGUGGAGCGCUGGUGAUGUGCAACCAUCACCGAAACCCGAGAGGCGGAGGGCCGCUGACCUGGAAUCACCACCAAAACCCGAGAGGUGGAGCGCCGCUGAUGUGCAACCAUCACCGAAACCCGAGAGGUGGAGGGCUGCUGACCUGCAAUCACCACCGAAACCCGAGAGGCGGAGCGCUGCUGACGUGCAACCAUCACCGAAACCCGAGAGGUGGAGCACUGCUGACGUGCAACCAUCACCGAAACCCGAGAGGCGGAGGGCCGCUGACCUGGAAUCACCACCGAAACCCGAGAGGCGGAGCGCCACUGACGCGCAACCGUCACCGAAACCCGAGAGGCGGAGCGCCGCUGAUGUGCAACCAUCACCGAAACCCGAGAGGCGGAGCGCCGCUGACGCGCAACCAUCACUGAAACCCGAGAGGCAGAGCGCCGCUGACCUGGAAUCACCACCGAAACCCGAGAGGCGGAGCGCCGCUGACCUGGAAUCACCACCGAAACCCGAGAGGCGGAGGACCGCUGACCUGGAAUCACCACCGAAACCAGAGAGGUGGAGCGCCGCUGAUGUGCAACCAUCACCGAAACCCGAGAGGCAGAGGGCCGCUGACCUGGAAUCACCACCGAAACCCGAGAGGCGGAGCGCCGCUGACGCGCAACCAUCACCGAAACCCGAGAGGCGGAGCGCCGCUGACCUGGAAUCACCACCGAAACCCGAGAGGCGGAGGGCCGCUGACCUGGAAUCACCAACGAAACCCAAGAGGCGGAGGGCCGCGGACCUGGAAUCACCACCGAAACCCGAGAGGCGGAGCUCCACUGAUGCGCAACCAUCACCGACACCUGAGAGGCGGAGCGCCGCUGACACACAGCCAUCACCGAAACCCGAGAGGCGGAGCGCCGCUGACGCGCAGCCAUCACCGAAACCCGAGAGGCAGAGCGCCGCUGACGCACAGCCAUCACCGAAACCCGAGAGGCGGAGCGCUCCUGACGCGCAACCAUCACCGAAACCCGAGAGGUGGAGGGCCGCUGACCUGGAAUCACCACCGAAACCCGAGAGGCGGAGCGCCGCUGAUGCGCAGCCGUCGCCAAAACCCGAGAGGCAGAGGGCCGCUGAGGCCCAGCCGUCGCCAAAACCCGAGAGGCGGAGCGCCGCUGAGGCGCAGCCGUCGCCGAAACCCGAGAGGCGGAGGGCCGCUGACCUGGAAUCACCACUGAAACGUGAGAGGUGGAGCACUGCUGAUGUGCAACCAUCACUGAAACCCGAGAGGCGGAGGGCCGCCGACCUGGAAUCACCACCGAAACCCGAGAGGCGGAGCGCCGCUGACGCGCAACCAUCACCGAAACCCGAGAGGCGGAGCGCCACUGACGUGCAACCAUCACCGAAACCCGAGAGGCGGAGCGCCGCUGACGCGCAACCAUCACCGAAACCCGAGAGGCGGAGGGCCGCUGACCUGGAAUCACCACCGAAACCCGAGAGGUGGAGCGCCGCUGAUGUGCAACCAUCACCGAAACCCGAGAGGCGGAGGGCCGCUGACCUGGAAUCACCACCGAAACCCGAGAGGCGGAGCGCCGCUGAUGUGCAACCAUCACCGAAACCCGAGAGGCGGAGGGCUACUGACCUGGAAUCACCACCGAAACCCGAGAGGCGGAGCGCCGCUGACGUGCAACCAUCACCGAAACCCGAGAGGUGGAGCACCGCUGAUGUGCAACCAUCACCGAAACCCGAGAGGCGGAGGGCCGCUGACCUGGAAUCACCACCGAAACCCGAGAGGCGGAGCGCCGCUGACGUGCAACCAUCACCGAAACCCGAGAGGCGGAGCGCCGCUGACGCGCAACCAUCACCGAAACCCGAGAGGCGGAGGGCCGCUGACCUGGAAUCACCACCGAAACCCGAGAGGCGGAGUGCCGCUGACCUGGAAUCACCACCGAAACCCGAGAGGCGGAGGGCCGCUGACGCGCAACCAUCACCGAAACCCGAGAGGCGGAGCGCCGCUGACGUGCAACCAUCACCGAAACCCGAGAGGCGGAGCGCCGCUGACGCGCAACCAUCACCGAAACCCGAGAGGCGGAGCGCCGCUGACGCGCAACCAUCACCGAAACCCGAGAGGCGGAGCGCCGCUGACGCGCAACCAUCACCGAAACCCGAGAGGCGGAGGGCCGCUGACCUGGAAUCACCACUGAAACCCGAGAGGCGGAGUGCCGCUGACCUGGAAUCACCACCGAAACCCGAGAGGUGGAGCGCCGCUGAUGUGCAACCAUCACCGAAACCCGAGAGGCGGAGGGCCGCUGACCUGGAAUCACCACCGAAACCCGAGAGGUGGAGCACCGCUGAUGUGCAACCAUCACCGAAACCCGAGAGGCGGAGGGCUACUGACCUGGAAUCACCACCGAAACCCGAGAGGCGGAGCGCCGCUGACGUGCAACCAUCACCGAAACCCGAGAGGUGGAGCACCGCUGAUGUGCAACCAUCACCGAAACCCGAGAGGCGGAGGGCCGCUGACCUGGAAUCACCACCGAAACCCGAGAGGCGGAGCGCCGCUGACGUGCAACCAUCACCGAAACCCGAGAGGCGGAGCGCCGCUGACGCGCAACCAUCACCGAAACCCGAGAGGCGGAGGGCCGCUGACCUGGAAUCACCACCGAAACCCGAGAGGCGGAGUGCCGCUGACCUGGAAUCACCACCGAAACCCGAGAGGCGGAGGGCCGCUGACGCGCAACCAUCACCGAAACCCGAGAGGCGGAGCGCCGCUGACGUGCAACCAUCACCGAAACCCGAGAGGCGGAGCGCCGCUGACGCGCAACCAUCACCGAAACCCGAGAGGCAGAGCGCCGCUGACGCGCAACCAUCACCGAAACCCGAGAGGCGGAGCGCCGCUGACGCGCAACCAUCACCGAAACCCGAGAGGCGGAGGGCCGCUGACCUGGAAUCACCACUGAAACCCGAGAGGCGGAGUGCCGCUGACCUGGAAUCACCACCGAAACCCGAGAGGUGGAGCGCCGCUGACGUGCAACCAUCACCGAAACCCGAGAGGCGGAGGGCCGCUGACCUGGAAUCACCACCGAAACCCGAGAGGCGGAGCGCCGCUGACGCGCAACCAUCACCGAAACCCGAGAGGCGGAGCGCCGCUGACGCGCAGCCAUCACCGAAACCCGAGAGGCGGAGCGCCGCUGAGGCGCAGCCAUCACCGAAACCUGAGAGGCGGAGCACCGCUGACGCGCAGCCAUCACCGAAACCCGAGAGGUGGAGGGCCGCUGACCUGGAAUCACCACCGAAACCCGAGAGGCGGAGCGCCACUGACGCGCAGCCGUCGCCGAAACCCGAGAGGCGGAGCGCCGCUGAGGCCCAGCCGUCGCCAAAACCCGAGAGGCGGAGCGCCGCUGAGGCGCAGCCGUCGCCGAAACCCGAGAGGCGGAGCGCCGCUGACGCGCAGCCGUCGCCGAAACCCGAGAGGCGGAGCGCCGCUGAUGCGCAGCCGUCGCCGAAACCCGAGAGGCGGAGCGCCGCUGAGGCGCAGCCGUCGCCGAAACCCGAGAGGCGGAGCGCCGCAGACGCGCAGCCGUCGCCGAAACCCGAGAGGCGGAGCGCCGCAGACGUGCAGCCGUCGCCGAAACCUGAGAGGCGGAGCGCCGCAGACGCGCAGCCGUCGCCGAAACCCGAGGGGCGGAGCGCCGCUGAGGCGCAGCCGUCGCCGAAACCCGAGGGGCGGAGCGCCGCUGAGGCGCAGCCGUCGCCGAAACCCGAGAGGCGGAGCGCCGCUGAGGCGCAGCCGUCGCCGAAACCCGAGAGGCGGAGCGCCGCUGAGGCGCAGCCGUCGCCGAAACCCGAGAGGCGGAGCGCCGCAGACGCGCAGCCGUCGCCGAAACCCGAGAGGCGGAGCGCCGCUGACGCGGAACCACCCCGCAAACCCAAGAAGCGGAGGGCCGCUGACGCGGAACCAGCAUCACCUGAACCCAAGAGGCGGAGGGUCGCUCACGCGGAACCGCCAUGGAAACCCAAGCGGCGGAGGGCCGCUGACACGCAGCCGUCGCUGAAACCCCAGAGGCGGAGCGCCGCUGACGCGCAGCCAUCACCGAAACCCGAGAGGCGGAGCGCCGCUGACGGGCAGCCAUCACCGAAACCCGAGAGGCGGAGCGCCGCUGACGCGCAGCCCUCACCGAAACCCGAGAGGCGGAGCACCGCUGACGCGCAGCCAUCACCGCAACCCGAGAGGCGGAGCGCCGCUGACGCGCAACCAUCACCGAAACCCGAGAGGCGGAGGGCCACCGACCUGGAAUCACCACCAAAACCCGAGAGGCGGAGCGCCGCUGACGCGCAGCCAUCACCGAAACCCGAGAGGCGGAGCGCCGCUGACCUGGAAUCACCACUGAAACCCGAGAGGUGGAGCGCCGCUGACGCGCAACCAUCACCGAAACCCGAGAGGCGGAGCACCGCUGACGCGCAGCCAUCACCGAAACCCGAGAGGCCGAGUGCCGCUGACGCGCAGCCAUCACCGAAACCCGAGAGGUGGAGCGCCGCUGACGCGCAACCAUCACCGAAACCCGAGAGGCGGAGCACCGCUGAUGCGCAGCCAUCACUGAAACCCGAGAGGCGGAGCGCCGCUGACGCGCAGCCGUCACCGAAACCCGAGAGGCGGAGCGCCGCUGACGCGCAACCAUCGCCGAAACCCGAGAGGCGGAGCGCCGCUGACGCUCAACCAUCACCGAAACCCGAGAGGCGGAGCGCCGCUGACGUGCAGCCAUCACCGAAACCUGAGAGGCGGAGCGCUGCUGACGUGCAGCCAUCACCGAAACCCGAGAGGCGGAGCGCCACUGACGUGCAGCCAUCACCGAAACCCGAGAGGCGGAGCGCCGCUGACCUGGAAUCACCACUGAAACCCGAGAGGCGGAGGGCCGCUGACCUGGAAUCACCACCGAAACCCGAGAGGCGGAGCGCCGCUGACGCGCAGCCAUCACCGAAACCCGAGAGGCAGAGCGCCGCUGACCUGGAAUCACCACCGAAACCCGAGAGGCGGAGCGCCGCUGACGCACAACCAUCACCGAAACCCGAGAGGCGGAGCGCCGCUGACGCGCAACCAUCACCGAAACCCGAGAGGCGGAGCGCCGCUGAUGCGCAGCCAUCACCGAAACCCGAGAGGCGGAGCGCCGCUGACGCGCAACCAUCACCGAAACCCGAGAGGCGGAGCACCGCUGAUGCGCAACCAUCACCGAAACCCGAGAGGCGGAGGGCCGCUGACCUGGAAUCACCACCGAAACCCGAGAGACGGAGUGCCGCUGACGCGCAACCAUCACCGAAACCCGAGAGGCGGAGCACCGCUGAUGCGCAGCCAUCACUGAAACCCGAGAGGCGGAGCGCCGCUGACGCGCAGCCGUCACCGAAACCCGAGAGGCGGAGCGCCGCUGACGCGCAACCAUCGCCGAAACCCGAGAGGCGGAGCGCCGCUGACGCUCAACCAUCACCGAAACCCGAGAGGCGGAGCGCCGCUGACGUGCAGCCAUCACCGAAACCUGAGAGGCGGAGCGCUGCUGACGUGCAGCCAUCACCGAAACCCGAGAGGCGGAGCGCCACUGACGUGCAGCCAUCACCGAAACCCGAGAGGCGGAGCGCCGCUGACCUGGAAUCACCACUGAAACCCGAGAGGCGGAGGGCCGCUGACCUGGAAUCACCACCGAAACCCGAGAGGCGGAGCGCCGCUGACGCGCAGCCAUCACCGAAACCCGAGAGGCGGAGCGCCGCUGACCUGGAAUCACCACCGAAACCCGAGAGGCGGAGCGCCGCUGACGCACAACCAUCACCGAAACCCGAGAGGCGGAGCGCCGCUGACGCGCAACCAUCACCGAAACCCGAGAGGCGGAGCGCCGCUGACGUUCAACCAUCACCGAAACCCGAGAGGCGGAGCGCCGCUGACGCACAACCAUCACCGAAACCCGAGAGGCGGAGCGCCACUGACGCGCAACCAUCACCAAAACCCGAGAGGCAGAGCGCCGCUGACGCGCAGCCGUCGCCGAAACCCGAGAGGCGGAGCGCCGCUGACGCGCAGCCGUCGCCGAAACCCGAGAGGCGGAGCGCCGCUGACGCGCAGCCGUCGCCGAAACCCGAGAGGCGGAGCGCCGCUGACGCGCAGCCGUCGCCGAAACCCGAGAGCCGGAGCGCCACUGACGCGGAACCGCCGCGCAAACCCAAGAGGCGGAGGGCAGCUGACGUUGAACCAUCAUCACCCGAACCCAAGAGGAGGAGGGUUGGUGACGUGGAACUGCCACGCAAACCCAAGAGGCCGAGGGCCGCCGACGUGGAACCAUCAUUACCCGAACCCAAGAGGCGGAGGGUUGGUGACGUGGAACCGCCACGCAAACGCAAGAGGCCGAGGGCCGCCGACGUGGAACCAUCAUUACCCGAACCCAAGAGGCGGAGGGUCGGUGACGUGCAACCAUCAUCACCCGGACGCAAGAGGCGGAGGUUGAAUUAGCUGAGAACAGGCCAUUGCACUCAAGCCUGAGCAAUAAGAAUAAAACUGAGUAGAACAAAAUAAAAAAAUCAAAAAACAAAACAAAACCCACACUCCAAAAACAAAGAAUAAAUAAAUAAUAUAAAAAUAAAAUAAA